AUGCCAGGAGUGCCUUCGAAUAAAGCAUGCGAGCGAUGUAAGAAGAGGCAUCUCAAGUGUGAUGAAGCUCGUCCAAGCUGUCAGCGCUGCGUCAAUGCGGGCGUAGAAUGCCCGGGCUAUGUCCAAACACGCAAAUUCAUUGACCAGGGCGCUACAAUAAGACGUCGAUAUGCUCCGUAUCAAGAACAUCAUCAAAGAUCUGGCGCCCAUAAAGAAAACGAGGUCCCAGCUGUAGUAGAAGCAGAAAACCCAUUACAGGAGCAGACGCCAGUUGACCAACAUGGAAAUGAUCUGCAAACGAUAACCCCGAUGACUGAAGUGCCCCGGGUCGAGGGCCGCGACUCGGAUGCCUCACAAGGGGCACAGGGCACUCCCGAUGCGUCAAGACAGGGAGUCGCGCAGGAUUCCCAAAUCCAAACUGGGACGGCCGUACUGCCUAAUCGUCCAGCUGUGACUAUUCCAAGCAUUGAUCAGAGUAUUCUGAACACAGGCUUCUCUCCUGCUGGGCAUGAGCUUAAUACGAGGAGCCUGCUUGAGAACCCAAAUUUGCCCACUAGUGGAUCCUCCCAUCCUUCAAAUACUCCGGAUACAGACUUCAGCCAGGCACCUGGCGUUCCAAGUUCAGAAAUGCCCGAGAGUUCAGAAACUCAGAACGAUGCGGAAGGAUUCAACGACGUAUUUUCCGAGCUCAUGACAGGAACGGAACACGAGGUUGCGUUUCUUACAAGAUACUUUUCGGAGUACCUUGGUCCUUGGCUGGACUUAUCGGACUCUUCCAAAUUCUUUGCCGUCUAUGCACCUAUUCGUGCACUCAACAAAUAUUUCUUGAAGUAUUCCAUGGCAGCGCUCGCGGCAAAGCACCUGGGCAGAAUGAAGGGGCAGAAGCCCGCGGCUGGAGGGAUAUUCACAAGCCCAGCAACAAUGGAGAUCUACCCAAAUGCAGCACAGACAGAUUGGACUCUCAAAGGAGCAAACUAUUACUACCUUGCGUUUGCCUACAUGAGACAUUCAAUCACCGUCAGCUAUGCCGCACCGUCCAGCUCUGCGAUCUUGGAAUCUCCCAUUGAGAUGGUUAACGGAUAUUUGGGUCAGCAACCAGGGUUCGUGCGCAUGGAUAUAUCCGAUGCGGACACUUUCUUACGCGAUAUUGAAGGGUUGCUGGCUACUUGUGUCAUUCUUACCAUGUAUCGGCUCUUGGAUGUGCCGGGGGACGAUUGGCAAACGUGCGUUUCGGAUAUUAGAUGUGUCAUUCUAUGGAGACUAACAGAUUACAGGCACCUUGCUGGUAUCGAAUCUUUAUUUGAUUUACUACUACAGUUACAUACGACUUCGCCCGCGUUGCCCCCGAUGUUUUCGCAAGGCGAGAGAGCUGCAUUUUGGAACUUUGCCCGCCAAGACUACCUGGCGUCGUACUUUAACCGCAUCCCAACACAUUUCAAGCAUAGUAAUCUAUCAUUAUGGAAGACUGCCGGAAUCCAGGUCAACGAGCUGGAACUACUCGACGACACCAUCCGCCUCACGCCAGAAGACCUAGCAGCCAACACACUAAUCUGGCUCAUGAACAAGAUGGUCAACUUCUUGGCAGAUUACCGCCGCUCCCAGCUCGCCCAAUGGACCGAGUCCGACGAGCACGCCCAGCCCUCAACAACGAUGUGGCUAAACCUCUGCUUCGAAUUCCAGAGCUGGUUCGAGAAAAUCCCUGAGACUUUCCGGCCGAGCCUGCGUAUCGAACGGCCACGGGAUAUGUCCAAUUUGUCGGACAUCAGCUAUCUCCCGUUCCCAGAGAUUUUCUUUAGUUUGACGUCUUGCGCUGCAGCAAUGCAGCAUUAUCACUUUGGGCGGUUGGGGCUGUUACUUAAUCGGCCGCCGGAUGUCAUGAGCGCGCCUGGUACGGCAUUUGACCGGCUUGCGUCGCUGCGGGAGGUGACCAAGGAGGUGGACUACCGAUGUCGGGAGAUAUGUGGGAUUGCGUUGAGUCGGCCGCAUGGCGAGGUGCGUAUUUACAUGGUUCCGCUGCUGUUUGCGGUGGGGCAGUGUCUUGAGACGCAGGAGACCAGACAGGUCAUUGUCGACUUGUUACGAGGCGUGGAGGCAGACCUAGGCUGGGCGACGGUGUCCACGGUGGAAAAGUUACAGGUAGUAUGGAGUCAGCAGUCAUAG